UCGAUUUAAAUUUUAAUCUCUCUUUCACGAGUUUUACUAGAGAUUUUCUCUGGCGAUUUAGGUUUCAAUUACUUUCAAAAUAAUUAGAGCUCUUAAGCUUUAACGAAUCACUCCACGCCGAAACCUUGAACUCAUCGUUGGGUUAGUAAUCCAGUGCAAUUGAGAAGAAAAGGAUGUAUGAUGGCAUCUUCGGAUGACGAGAGUGACGUUGGGCCAGUCUCCAAUUACCAUUUUGUAGAUGAGAGAGAUGAGCCCAUUUCAUUUUCUGUGUUGCCAGUUCAAUGGGGUGAGGAUGAGAUUGCUAGUGGCAACAAACUACAUAUAUUCUUACAUGGAACUGCUGAUAACGGACUCCAAAAGAUUUAUAAGCGUGUAGUAGCAUGGAAAUUUGAUCUUACAAAUGUGACUCCUGAGGUAUAUGUGCUUUCUAAAGAAAAAAGUUGGAUAAAACUUCAAAAGCCUAGGAAAAGCUUUGAAGAAAUUAUUAGGACAAUAUUGAUUACAGUGCAUUGCCUUUCAUAUGCAAAAAGAAAUCCAGAAGCAACUGAGAAAUCUAGUUGGGACCACUUAUCUAAGAUCUUUAGCUUGUAUGAGGUGAGACCUUCACAAAAUGAUUUGGUGGACCACAUGGAUUUUGUCAGUGAAGCUUUUAAAAGGGAUGAUAUGUUAGCAAAGUCUAAGUUUCUUCUCAAAUUUUUAGAAGAGAAGCCGAGGAAGAGGAGACUAUCUGAUGAGGAUCUUCAAUCUGUGAUCAGAUCUGGAUUUAUAGUUGAUGAUCAAGAUGAUCUGAUCGACGACGCAGGGGACGAUGAGUCCAAUGAAGAGGAAGACUUAUUUGAUUCUGUUUGUUCAAUUUGUGAUAAUGGUGGUUCACUUCUAUGUUGUGAAGGGAGGUGCAUGAGGUCAUUUCAUGCAACUGUAGAGGAUGGUGAAGAAUCGCGCUGUGUGUCUCUCGGCCUUACUAUGGAUGAAGUGGAAGCAAUUCAGAACUUCUUCUGUAAGAAUUGUGAAUAUAAGCAACAUCAGUGCUUUAUUUGUGGGAAGUUAGGUUCCUCUGAUAAGGCUUCUGGUGCAGAGGUUUUUCCUUGUGUUUCUGCGACCUGUGGUCGUUUUUAUCAUCCCGAUUGUGUCUCAAAAUGGCUUUUGCGGGGUGAUGAAGUUGCUGUCGAACAGCUUCGGAAAAGCAUUUUUGCAGGAGAAUGUUUUACGUGUCCUUCUCACAAAUGCUAUGUUUGUAAACAAGGAGAGAAUAAGAUGGACGGAGAUCUGCAGUUUGCUGUGUGCAGGCGGUGCCCCAAGGCAUACCACAGGAAAUGCUUACCAAGGGACAUUGUAUUUCAGGGCGAAGAAGAAGAAGGCGUAAUAGCCAGAGCUUGGACGGAUCUAUUGCCUAAUCGCAUUCUGAUAUAUUGCUUGAAACAUGAGAUUGUUGAAGAAAUGGGAACUCCAAUUCGAGAUCGUGUUAUUUUUCCUGGUAUGGAACUAAAGAAGACAAUUGUUCAGGGACUGAAACGAAAACAGACGUCAGCCAUACCUGCAACCAAGGAGAAAUUUGUGUCAGUGAAAAGAACUCUCAACUCAAAAGCCAGCUCCCAGGGAAAACUUGCUGUGAAUGUGCCUAAACGUUGUCCUUCUGUCUUGGAGGAGGGUGAAUCUGCUAGAAAAAUUGAAAAGCUACCUGGUGGAUCAGACCCCUCUUCGAAAAUUAGAUCAAAAGAUGCUCCCAGAAAGACUGUGAAGGAAAAUGUGAGGUCUGUCUCACUGGAGGUAGAUAGGUCCUGCAUGGUUGAUGUGAAGAGAACCUCCCUGGCUCCUGUCAGUGAACCUCAGAAGAGUGUAACUGUUAAACCUGCCAAAAAGAUGUUGAGGAGUGAGCUGCCUUCAUUAGAUGCUGAAACAGAAAGGAGGUUACUGUCCUUGAUGAAAGAUGCUGCUUCAGAAGUAACUUUGAAAGACAUUCAAAAAAAGCACAAAAUUCCAUCUACGCAUUCAAACUCAUUAAAAGCAGUUGUGGACAGGGCCAUCUCCAUGGGAAAGGUGGAGGGCUCAGUUGAGGCUGUUCGAACUGCUUUAAAGAAGCUAGAGGAAGAAGGAAAUAGUAUUGAAGAUGCAAAGGCUGUUUGUGAACCUGAGGUUAUCAAUCAGAUCUUUAGGUGGAAGAGCAAACUUAAAGUGUAUCUCGCUCCCUUUUUCCACGCUGCACGGUAUACAUCAUUUGGUCGCCAUUUUACUAAAAUGGAGAAACUUCAAGAGGUGGUGGAUAAACUCCAUUGGUAUGCGCAAGAUGGAGACAUGAUUGUUGAUUUCUGCUGUGGCGCUAAUGACUUUAGUUGCCUAUUGAAAAAGAAGCUUGAAGAAACUGGGAAGACAUGCUUGUACAAAAACUUUGAUAUUUUGCAAGCUAAGAAUGACUUCAAUUUUGAGAAGAGAGACUGGAUGACAGUUGGACCAGAGGAGUUAGCUCCAGGGUCCCAAUUGAUUAUGGGACUAAAUCCUCCUUUUGGGGUUAGAGCGUCUUUGGCAAACAAAUUUAUUAAUAAAGCUCUGGAGUUUAACCCAAAGCUCCUUAUUCUGAUUGUUCCUCCAGAGACAGAAAGGUUGGACAAAAAGAAAACACCUUAUGAUCUGGUUUGGGAGGAUGAUCAGUUUCUCACAGGAAAGUCAUUCUAUCUUCCCGGAUCUGUUGAUGAGAAUGGCAAACAAAUGGAUCAGUGGAACUUAAUAGCGCCACCGCUCUAUCUGUGGAGUCAUCGUGAUUGGGCUGCUGGACACAAGGCUAUAGCUGAGAAGCAUGGUCACAUAUCCAGGCAACAGGAAGCAUCAGAUUCAGAAAGAAACUGCAAUGAGACACAUAACCUUGAUCAUCCAGUGGAGGAUGGUCAUGGUCAUGAUGAUGAUACCUCCAUGGCGACGGAUGUUCCUUUGCAAAAUGUUCAUGGUGAAUAUGUUGAUACCUCCAUGAUGGCAGAUCUCCGUUCAGAAAAUAUUCUUGGUCAUACCUCCACUCUGGCAGAUCUUCCUCAAAACAUUGAAAUGGAGAAACCCAUGCAAAUAGCAACAACUUAUGAACGAAGAUCCCCUGACAAAAUCAUUGGAGGAGAAAGCAAUGGCAGUGAUGGCUCUGGGGAGAACCAGUCUAAGAAGACUCCAAGGAAGAGGAAGCGUGGUAAGCAAAAGGCUGGAAGAGGAAUGAGUGAAAAAUCUCCAUUGGACAAACAGAAUGUUGGAAGGAAUCUGGGAAGUGAGAAAUACAAGGGAAUUGCUCAAAGUCCCCCGGCCAACAUGAUUGAUGGAAGAUCCUCAAUGGAAGGUCACCCAUCCAAAUGUGAUAAGAUACCUUCAAAUGUUGGAUGUGGCGAAAUUGAUUAUUAUCAUUUUGGUGACAAGAGAAUGCCUCACUGUUCCCCAGCCCAUGUGAUUGACAGUAUAUCCCCACUCGAGGGUCAUUCUUCCAAAUCUAUUGAAGUGCCUCCGCAUGCUGGAUUUUGCGAUGAUGGUUAUCAACAUUUUGGUGACAAGGGAAUGCCUUACCCUUCACCACUCAACAUGAUCGAUGGAGUGUCUUCAUUGGAGGGCCAUCCAUCCAAAUCUUUUGACAUACCAUCACAUACUGGAGUUGGCAAGAGUUAUCGACAUUUUGAGCCUACCAACUCUGAUUCACAUAUGCAGUUUGGAUCAGCCUAUCGUGGGAACACCCUGGCUAGCUUUCCUGAUGACAUGGGGUGGAGGUACGGCAUGAACAAUAAUGACCCUUAUUCAACUCAUAGAUUUCGUGGUGGUUCCAAUUUGGGGGAACAGUUUCAAUUUUAUGAGCAAGAACUAGUGUCAUCUCCCCCUGGAUAUGGUCAGAUGGGAGCAUUUCCGUCUCCUACAUAUGGGCAUCUAGGUUCAGUACCUGAGGCAUCUUACAGGAUGAAUUUGUCAGCCAUGGACCGAUACAGACCUCGAUUGGAUGGUUCAAAUCACCAAAGCAUAAGUGCUUUGAGGUCAGAACCACCCAUGUUGCCUAGAACAAGCUUUAAUGAUCCUAGAGCACCAUCCCAUGCAGGAUCCCCUUUUGGCAUUGGUUUUGCUUCUGGUCCUUACCAACCGGGUACUCGAGGUUGGUUGGAUCCGUGAUUCAGAUCUUCUGCUGACCAACUCCUUUGAGGUACGAGCUAGUAGGAUUUAACAGUUAGUUUGUAGAGAAAUACUAUAUUAUUAGGGCUGUGAAAUUAUUACUAGUUGGUAUUAGUAUAUGUCAUCCGAGAUUCUGAUAGAUGGUUGCUCAAACAACAUAUAAGCCCUCGCUUACCUAGAAUGAUGAUCAUCAUGAUGCUUACUCAAAAAAUAAAAGGUACAUUGAAUAGUGUUU